GAAAAAUCAAUACCAUUCCAGACGUAGUGAAGCUCGGAGCAGAAUAGCUACGUAAAUGGAGUGAUUUAGAUAAUCCUUGUUAUUUCGAGAAAGAAGCGUAUACUAGUCGGUAUAAUCGAUAAAAACUACCAGUGUGAUAAUGUUUUCCGUUAUUAAACAUUCCUAUUGUUAUAAAUCUAAGCAAAAUGACCAUUCAAAUGUUUCAAUUAACUAAUGGCCAGUGAUUUUUGUGAGCAAACAAAACACAAAGAUUUGUGAUUAGAGAAGUGAAUUUUCAACCGAUUACAAGCUGCAUUUGGAAAUAAUUCCAAAUUUAGAACUACACCCCAAGUGAUAUAGCGAAUUGGAAAAUUUCCUGUUAGUGUUAGUACGUAUUGCAUUGUGUUUUCCACCCCUCGAGUGAACCAGGAUGCUGGAAUAAUAGGUGUUUCCAUGUAGAUACAAAGCAUGUGUAAUUACACGCGAGGGGUGAUGACUACAUUUCAGCAGGAAAGUGACAUUGAAACAAUUGGAGAAUUGUUCUCAAUGUUAAUUUUUACCAUAAUGGAGCAACAAGAAAAAAGUGAAUGACUUUCAAUACUGAUGAAUAUUCUACGAAAAGUGUUUGGUUCUGGAACUGGCUUAUAACUGCAUCCGCCCAUCGUAUUCCAAUAUCGUAAAACACUUUUGGCUCAACGGUAUCGAAAUAAGUUAAGGAGCAACAAUAUGAAAGACCUAAUGUGUGUUGUGAUUCUGAUUGUUCUUCAAGCGUUGAUUUCAGUUACUGGUACACCGUUGAAAGUUAGUUACUGUUUUCAGUACGGCACCACUUCUGAAACCAAUACUAACAAUCAGCUCAACCCGGAUAACUCCGAUGAUUAUGAAAACUAUGAUGAACCGGUUGAUCCGAGUGAUGAUGUUUUCAUAGAUAAAAAUAUGUCCACUGUAGUCGCAUGCUCACGUUACGCCACUUUCUGCUAUGCACUAUGGACAUUCGAUGCCACGAAGAAUACCACCAAGGUUGUUGUGCAAGGAUGCUGGGAACUCUCGGAUAAGAAGGAGUCGUGCAAUACGAACGAAUGCAUCAGCCACAAAGAGACCAAAAGUGGGCAUUUUUUCUGUUGUUGUUCGGGGGAUAAUUGUAAUGGAAACUUCAGUUUCGCCUCGACACCAGCGAUAACGGAUGGCAUCAGUUUGGGCACCGUGAAUGAGUACACCCCUUUUGCACCAUACACCUCAAUAUGGAGCUCACCGACAGUUUACAUCUGUUUCGCAAUGGUCGGGAUAAUUUUGAUGCUGAUAAUUGGGUUCCUUACAUGUCGGAAGACCACAAAAACAGUAUCUGAACUAGCCCCGUUGGCACCUUCCGGGCCGGGAUACAGUUCGAAUUUGUAUAAUGUGGACAAUUUGAAACUGGUAGCAAUGAUAGGUCAAGGAAGAUAUGGCACUGUUUGGAAGGGAGUUGUUAAUGAACAACACGUGGCAGUGAAAAUUUUUACAGCUCAGCAUAGACAAUAUUUUUUGAAUGAGAAAGACAUCUACACCAUUCCUUUGAUGGAAUCGCCUUCUCUACUGACGUAUUUCGGUUGCGAUGAACGCCGCACAAUGGAUGAUAGGAUUGAGUAUCUUAUAGUACUGUCGUUAGCUCCAUUGGGGUGCCUACAGGACUGGCUGACAGACAACCGAAUGCAUUUCAAUAUUUUCUGUAAAAUGGCUAAAUCAAUCGCUAGUGGUGUGGCACACUUGCAUACCGAAAUUCGCAAAGGCGAUCUCAUUAAACCGUGCGUAUGCCAUCGUGAUCUCAAUUCCAGAAAUAUUUUGGUGAAGGCAGAUUUAUCUUGCUGUAUAUGCGAUUUGGGCUUCGCACUGAAAACGUUUGGACCUAGAUACGAAAGCCGUGGUGAAAUUGCGUUGGCAGAAACUAAAAGCAUUAAUGAAGUAGGGACAUUACGGUAUAUGGCACCUGAGGUGCUCGAAGGUGCUGUAAAUUUGAGAGAUUGUGAGUCGGCACUGAAACAAAUUGAUGUAUAUUCACUGGGUUUGGUGAUGUGGGAGUUAUCAACGAGGUGCAGCGAUUUUUAUCCUGAUGAAGUAUUCAUUCCCGAAUACAGAGCACCAUAUGAGGAAGAAGUCGGUACCAAUCCAAGUUUCGAACAAAUGCAGGUGUUGGUAUCGCGGAAUAAGGCUAGACCUAGGUUCCCAUUGAACUAUGAAAGCAGUGUGGCGGUCAGAAUUGUUCAAGAUACGUGCGAAGAAUGUUGGGAUCACGAUGCAGAAGCACGCUUAACUGCACUCUGCGUCCAGGAACGUAUCCAAGAGAUAACAACAAUGAACCCGAAGGCCCAGCUUCACAAAGGACAAACUCCUCCCCUGAGCACAAAUAAUUUAAUCAUCACUACUCCCACAGUUCAGACCAGGAUCAGUCCAACAGCAGUGUCUUUCAUGGCGCCACCAAAUCAACAAGUUAUUCCACAUUCCAAUCACCCCUGUGAUACAACCAACGGUUCUACAAAUUACUCGAAGGUAAUGAACGUUCCGCCUAAUUCCCUUAAACAAAUCAUUCCACAAGGUUCACUGAAGCACAACAUAAAUGAGGCUUACAUUCCGGACGAAGAAGAUAAAUUCAAGUCUCUGACUGGGGAUCAACAACCUUCUGUAAUGUUCCGAAACCCUCGUGGCCUACCGAAGCUGGACAACAACGAAACGCAGCGUAAAAUAAAAGGUCUAAACAGCGUCAAAGCGAUGCUACAGAAAACCUUUCAAAAAACCAAUCCCUAUGUACAGCAGGACUGUGACGAUAAAUCCAAUCUAGUCGAUAAUUCGAUAAAAAAUAAGACUAACUCAGAAAGAUCACUUUCCGAUCUGGUUAGUAGUAAUACAAAUAGUGUCCACAUAAAAAUGAUAAAUGACGCGGAUAAUGACAUCGAAAAGCGGUCAGCAGAACGCCCGAAUAAUCUUGAUCUCUCGUCUGGCAGUGGUCGCUAUGAGCACAAUCUUAUACGAUCGGCUAACGAAAACUCCAAAUUUAAGGUCCUCACGGACGAUUUCACCAGUCAACCGUUCACAAUAGUCCAAUCGAGUUCGCCCAACCCGAAACUUCGAAUUGUAGUAUCAAAGUCUGCAAAUGCAGUGAAAAAUCUCAACUCAAGCUGCGACGAAAACAAGUUCAUCAAGCGACAGCGCUCGCUGGAGGUAUUUCAAGAAGUUUUCGGACCAAAAGGGAGCAUCGAACGAUUGCGGAAUCCUAGUCAGCGGGUUAAGACGCCCGGCGAUGUGCCACCUUCGGUACGAAAAGUGCGGGCUUCAAAAACGCUUUCUCUCUAUGAUGACCGCAUGAUGGACACCAGUAGAAUAGCCAACACGGUAUAGCAUGAGGAGGUACUUUUGCUGGAGCUUUAGAACCACAGCGAGAGAAUAUAGGUUGAAUAGUAAUUAUAGAGUACGUAACAAAUAAUGAAUCUGAAUAUAAAUACACAAACUCUUAAUACAGUGCACUCUUAAGUGUCACUUACUACAAUAACGGAAAGUUUGCACUUUCAAGAUAGCGCAACCCUUCUAUGUAUAACAAAUGUUUAUAAAAUCUUUUUUGUUCGAGGAAACUUACCUAAAAAAAUUGCAAUUCAAUAGAAUGGACGAAAAUAGAAUUGUUCUGAUGACGUUAUUACAACACAAAUAGGAAUAUAAAGAAUUAUUACAUUUUGUCAGAUGACCGACAAAACUCGUUUAUCAUGUUUUAAGCCAAUAGAAGACUUUUUCUAAAUAAAUUGUAGUAUUGUAGACGGACGCACCAAGUCGUGAAAGUGAGAAAGUAUUCAGUAAUUAAUCAUUAUAUGAGAAUAAAUUAUGCUGGAAUA